CUUCUCUGUCUCUCUCUCUCUCUUAUUCUCUCUUCCUCUCUCCACCCCUCCUCUCUAUGAUGCUUCAACAAACGCGGAAGGAGGAAGUCACUCCUACUCAGUAAACAAACCCGAUCUCAGACUGCUGCUCUCACUCAGUGUGGAAGUUCAGGAAAAUGGCCUGCAUUUCAGAAGAUCAGGACCAGUUCAGCUGUUCAGUCUGUCUGGAUGUCCUGAAGGAUCCAGUGACCGUUUACUGUGGACACAGUUUCUGUAUGGUAUGCAUUAACGACUGCUGGAAUCAGGAGGAUCAGAAGGGCGUCUACAGCUGCCCCCAGUGCAGAGAGACCUUCACUCCGAGGCCUGUUCUACGCAGAAACAACGUCAUGGCCGAAAUGUUGGAGAAACUGAAGAAGGCAGAUGGCCGAGCUGCUUCUCCUGCUCAGUGUUAUGCUGGACCUGGAGAUGUAGAGUGUGACGUCUGCACUGGGAGAAAACACAAAGCCAGAGAGUCCUGCUUGGUGUGUUUGGCCUCUUACUGUGAAGCUCAUCUCAAACCUCACUAUCAGUCUCCUGCGUUUAAGAAGCACAAGCUGGUCAAAGCGUCUGCACGACUACAGGGGAUGAUCUGCCCUCAGCAUGCCAAACUGAUCGAGAUCUACUGUCAUACAGAUCAAAGCGUCAUCUGUUAUCUGUGUACGAUGGAUGAACAUAAAGGACAUGAUACGGUUUCAGCUGCAACAGGAAGAACCCGGAAACAGAGUCAGCUAAAUGAGAUACAGAUUAAAUUCCAGGAGCGAAUCCAGGAGAAUCAGAAGACAAUGCAAAAGCUGAAACAGGCUGUUAACACUCUUAAGUGCUCUGCUCAGACAGCGGUGGAAGACACUGAGAGGUUCUUUACUGAGCUGAUCAGCUUCCUUGAGGAGAAGCGCUCUCAGAUGACGGAGCAGAUCAGAGCCGAGGAGGGGGCCGAAGUGGGUCGAGCUGAAGAACUCCUGGAGCAACUGGAGCAGGAGAUUGUUGAUCUGAAGAGGAGGCAGACCGAGCUUGAGCUGCUUUCGCACACGGAGGAUGACAUCCAUUUCCUCCAGAAUUUCCACUCUCUUUCUGACUUUUCCGGAUCUGAGGACUACAUCGCCGUCCAUCAACAUCCCUCAUUUGAUGGAGUGAGGAAAUCUCUCUCUGAGCUUAAAGAGCAUCUUCAGGAAUACUGCAAGGAGGAAUUCAGCAAAAUUGCUCCUCGUGAUGCAGCAAUUCAGAUCCUUUUACCAUCAGAGCCAAAGACAAGAGAAGAUUUUCUGCUGUAUUACCAUCAGCUGACUCUGGAUCCCAACACAGUAAAUCGUAACCUCCUUCUGUCUGAUAACAACCGAGAAUUGACAUGGAACAGGGGGGCCCAGCAGUACCCCGAUCAUCCAGAGAGAUUUAGCUCUCAUUUGCAAGUGCUGUGUAAGGAGAGUGUGAGUGAACGCUGUUACUGGGAGGUUGAAUGGAGUGGGAGACAGGGGGUUUCCAUAUCAGUCUCAUAUAAAGGGAUAACUAGGAAUGAAUCUGAGUUUGGACGCAACGAUCAGUCCUGGAGUCUGCAGUUUCAUCAGUCUUAUGGGAAUCACAGAUUCUUUUUCUGGCACAACUACAUGCAGACUGCGCUCCCAGAACCAGUGCCCUCCAGAAUAGGGGUCUACGUAGAUCACAGGGCAGGAACUCUGUCCUUCUAUGGCAUCUCUGACACAAUGACCCUCCUCCACACAGUCCACACCACUUUCACUCAGCCACUCUAUGCUGGGUUUGGGGUUGUUGGUUCGUGUAUGGAUUGGGGAUAUGUGAGAUUAUGUGAUCAAAAAUGAUGUGUACAUUCUGCUUACCUUGUAAGUGGAUUUGAUAAAUCAUUUACAUUUUCGUUCCUCUUUUGUUUAUUUACCGCAGUAUUAGUGUGAAUAUGUGAACGUGAUUAUGACAGUUGGGUAAACCUGGGAUCUCAAACUCAACAAGUAAAAGGGCAGUAUAAGAAAAUCUCAGGGCGGCGCAGUGGGUAGUGCUGUUGCCUCACAGCCCGAAGGGCCUAGGGUUCGAUUUCCCCAGUCAGGCAACCUCCCUGUGUCUGCGUGGGUUUCCUCCCACAGUCCAAAGACAUGCAGUCAGUGUUUUCUGCCUUCCACCCAGUGACUGCUGGGAUAGGCUCCAGCCUGCGACCCAGAAGGAUAAGCAGUUUAGAUAAUGUGUGUGUGUGUGUAUAACCUGAACUGGCCAUUGUUUAGUCAAAAACUUCAACAGUAAAAUAUAGGCACUUGUAGUAGACCUUGAAAUCUUCUAGAUCUAAAUGUCCCCAGGAGCCCAGUCUUUCAAACCUACCUGCUAGACCUCGACACCUGGCAUCCUUUCUUUGCUGCAAGUUCAUCAAGACUUGGGCUCAGUUUCUGAGCUACUGAGUUAACGUUAAGUGCUUAUAUUGAUAGAACUGCAGCUGAACCACAGCUAGUGUGUUUGGUGAUAUGACUGGUGUGGAAUUGCGUAGAAUUGAGGUGGAACCGCUGUCCCAUAGAUUGUUGUUGGGGUAAGAAAGUCGGAGUGCACAUAACGUUGCAGUGCAUGCUGGGGACUGUAGUGCAGCUCAUUGUGAAACAGGCUAAUAUCGAUAGAAAAUUAAAAUACUUUUGCAGGCCGGAGAGGAUUGUGUCAGAUCCGGCCCUCUGGGCCUUGUGUUUGACCCAUGGGCAAUAAACGGUCAUAGUCUAAAAUAUGUUAGCUAUUUGAGGGAAUUAAACACCUGAAUCUUUCCUUUUAUAAGUAUCUAACCAUAGCUAUGCUGUAAAUACAGUUGAGAGUUGACAGGUAAUGUCUAAAUGGUAUUAUCCCCACCUCAAGAAAUCUACACUUGAGCUGAACAUAUUGGCUAACUACAGGCCAAUCUCAAAGUAGUGGACGCUCAUCUUAAGUAGCACCAGACUCAUAACCACCUCUAUGAAAAAUUCCAGUCUGGGUACGGUGCCUCACAUAGCACAGAAACAGUUCUUCUCAGAGUGACAGUCUUUUAAUGACAGGUGAUUCAGAGUUUCUCCCCCUAUUAAUUCUGCUGGAUCUGACUGCAUUUGACACAGCGAAUCAAAACAUUCUUUUCAAGUGUCUGCGGGGCACUUUUGGGCUGCUCCGAACUGGUUCCAGUCUUACCUGACUGAUAGAAUAUGUCUCACUAGGGGGCUAAAUGUCUUGAACAUACUCUUGUCCUGUGGAGUACCACAGGGAUCUGUCCUUGGCCCUAUUCUUCUUACUAUUUACACCCAUUCCUUUGAUACAUCAUCAGCCGGCUUGACAUAUAAUUUCACUGAUGCACAACCGUAGGUUCCUUCAAACCUCUCUCUAGUUGUAUCUAAGCUUAACACCUGGGUGGAGGUGAUCCAGACCUGGAUGAAGCAUUUCGUGCAAGUAAAAUGUAUAAGGGUCUGGGUCUUCUGAUAGGAACACAUCAAGAGCAAAAUUUCUUAAACUUUCUGGCCUGGAAAUGUUUAUUUCUAGUACAGCUUCCAAUCUGAGUGUCAAGUUCAAUUUGAGGCUCACAUAAACAAUCUGGGUAUUCUUGGGUCCAAUACAAGCCAUCUUCUUCAUCUUCCCAGAACCUAAAUUCUUGAGGUUUUCACAGACACAAAGCUCUUUUCACACCAAAACUAAAGGCAUUAUUAUGUAGAAAAGCUAGGAAAUAUUUUGGUAGGGCAAAGAUUAUGGUGGGAGUUUUUUUGUGUUUUUCUUUUUUCACUUGAAUGUUAUGUUUUUCAUUAUUUUAUUAAGGUUAAAAUUCGUGGCAUGUUGAGGUUACUUAAUUGAAAUAUGCAUUAUAAAUGAAAUAC